UGAGCAAGUCAUCCACUCUGACCAUGGCGCAACUUAGCGGCUCUGAAGAGCCAAACGAGCAUCCGCUCUAUUUUUUGCACCGCAACCCAGUCGUCAGUAUUCUCGGCGAUCCCUUGAACUUCGACCUGAGGGCACAGGUUCUGACGGUGGGCAAGAUUGCGAAAACGAAUCCGACCUUGCGCAGCUUUCUCGUCGCCUGGUUCGAUGCCGUCCAAAGGAAAUCCCAGCAUUGGUCUCAGCUCGGCUGUGUUGCUCCGUCUUUGGAGGUAUUCACUGACCAACUGGCCUUGGAGAAUGCUUUGGAGUGCUGUGUACAUCUAAUAGCCCCUUUGGAGCUGAUCUGCGUUCUUGCGGCGUACAUUGCGGCUUGCAAUCCGAUGGACGUGAACGCAGUAGCAGCCGGUUGUGAUUCCGACUUGCACAAACGCAUUCUCAAGUACGGAAGAGAUGGUAUGGUCGAUUUCACGCAAUUUGGCUUGGCGAGGAUGGUCAUUUUGGCGAGCAAGACAAUUUCAGACGUUUGCAAAUAUGCAUCUACGGCAGCGGCUCUCGCCCUGUCGCUUAGUCAUUCAAUCAGCGCAAAAGACAAAGGAGCACCCAAAUUUUCCACUGUUCAAAAACGUCUCCUCAUUCCGCGCGAAGGAAGCUCUCUUGCUGGAGGACUGAAGGAUGUGCAGAUUGUCGGCAGUGUGUUCGACUUGGCUGUCGUGGUGCAAGGGAGCCCGGGAGCCAUAGCGGCUGCUCAAGAUCAGCUGGCUUUUGAACAUGGAGUGCUCUCUCUUCUCCAACCGAGAGAUUUUUUCAAGCUGGACGACAAGCAGAAAGUCCCUGAUGCCGGCGCUCUCACAUGUCUUGGUCAAGGCAUGGAUCUGUCCUUCCUGGGCGAAGGCGAGACCAAGCAAAUCAAAAUGCAUAACCUUCUCUACCACAGCGGCAAUAUGGCCAACAAAGUGGUUGAAGAUGCUGUCACCAGGGCUGCGGAGCCACCAGGUGCAAAUCAUGUCACUGUGCUCGGAUUUUGUGCUGGUGCGCACUUGCUCUUUAGCUGCAAGGGCAAGCUCAAUGCAUUGGGCUCCGGUAUGCCACUCGAUGUGGAAUGCAUCGAUGUGCUGAUGGAGGUAAAAAAAGGCAAUCACAAGCCCGUCGACCGAAAGCGACCCGUCAGUUUGUCGGCAGUCAAGGGUACCGCAGCAGAGUCCGUCGCCGUCGUCGGUAUGUCAUGCAGAGUCCCAGGCGCUGAGAGCGUUGAAGAAUUUUGGCAGAACCUGCUCGAUGGCAAAGAUAUGUGCUCGAAGAUCCCAGAGCGCUUGUUCCGUGUGGAAGAUUAUCAGUCGAAAGCGUACAAGGACAAGAACACGAUGCGCGCCUCUACCGGCAACUUCAUCGACCGCCCUGGCUUUUGGGACCCAGAGGUGUUCGGUUGCGACAUGGAGAUGGCCCAGAAACUCGACCCUCAACAGCGUCUGGCGUUGUUGGUCGCCAUGGAGGCACUCGAGAAGUCCGGCUACGCUCCCAAAGCCGGAACUUCCAACGACCCUGCGACCUUUGGUACCAUCAUCGGAUGCUGCUCGGACGACAUGCUGCAGAAUCGCGCGCACAAGAUCGAAGCACCUUUCAUCUCGGCUCUGCUGCGGCCCAAUAUACCCACCAAAAUCAACCAAUUUUACGGGUGGAGUGGUCCGGCAGUGACAUUGGACACGGCGUGUUCUGGCUCCCUCGUUGCUAUCGAAAGCGCCUGCAGCCAUCUUCUCCAAGGAAAGUGCAACGCGGUACUCACCGGAGGCGUCAAUAUCCUGACGCAACCUCAAAUCUUCUUAGGGCUCGACCGUGGCUUCUUUUUGUCGCCGACUGGUCAAUGCAAGACACUCGAUGAUAAAGGAGAUGGAUACAGCAGAGCCGAUGCUGUCUCUAUGGUUGUGCUAAAGAGGCUCAGUGAUGCCAUCAACGAAGGCGACAAUAUCCUGGGUAUCGUCAACUCGGCCGCCACAAACCACUCCGGCGAAAGCUAUUCCAUCACUCAUCCUCACUACCAAACCCAAAGACGCUUGUAUAGGAGCUGCAUGACGGCAGCGCACCUUGACAGUCCUAACCAGGUUCACUAUGCUGAGCUUCAUGGCACGGGAACGGCUGCAGGAGAUUUUGAAGAGAUUACCGGUGUAGUCACAACAUAUGCGAAGACAAGGCCCAAGGAUCGGCCCUUGAUCAUUGGCAGUGUCAAAGCCAACGUCGGCCACAGCGAAUCUUGCUCGGGCGCCACGUCCUUGGUGAAAGCCUUGCUUGUGUUCCAGAACAGCCUGGUGCCCCGUCACAUCGGUAUCAGAAGUAAGCUCAACACCAAAUUGCCCAAUCUGGCUGGCAUUCAUAUUCCCUUGGAGGGAACCAAGGUCUCGGCUACCAGCAGGGACACGGAUGACCGCGUGUUCACAGUGUCGAACUUCAGUGCCGCCGCUGGCAAUACAAGCCUGGUGCUUCGUGCACCUCCGCUGAAACGUCGAAAGGCGCUCGCGUUGAAUGCUGAUGCGUUGCUGCCGUGUUUGUUCGUGCUCUCCGGUGCGACGCUAAGGUCUCUCAAAGACAAUGCCGACAAUCUGCUCGCAUUCUUGACGGAUUACCCUGACACAGACGUACGGGAGCUGUGCUUCAUCCUGACGGCCCAACGGAUCCAUCAUGCCCAUCGAAUUUCAGGCAUAGUCAACAGUAUUGACGACAUUCGGAGCCUCAUCAGUAAACACCAGGUCAAACAUGUUCAGCGCCUUGAGCCUGCCAAAGUCGCAUUCGUUUUCAGUGGCCAAGGUGCGCAAUACCUCGGGAUGGGCAAAGAACUAUUCCAAACGAGUCCACACUUCAAGACAAGCAUGCAAAAGUGCAAUGACAUUUCGAAAGCACUCGGAUUUGGCUGUUUCCUCUCGGCGAUCUACCCGUCUGGAGAAGCCUCUGAAGCCUCGCCGGUCCAUUACCAGCUCGCAAUUGUCUCUCUUGAAAUUGGCCUGAUGCGACUCUUACAAGCUUGGGGCACCAAUCCGGUGGCAGCCUUGGGGCACAGCCUGGGCGAGUACUCUGCUUUGCACGCCGCUGGAGUCUUGAGCCUACAAGACACCCUUCGUCUUGUGGGCAACCGAGCGCAAUUGAUGGUCAAGUAUUGCGAAGCGGGAGCUUCGACGAUGCUCGCCAUCAAGGCUGUGGAAGGUGAAGUGUUGUCGCUGCUUAAGCGUGCGGGGGUCACAGACUGCGAAAUCGCUUGCUACAAUUCAUCAGACGAUCUCGUCCUAGCGGGGCCCUUGCAAUCGAUCCAAAAAGUCAAGCUGGCAGCCGACACCAACCAACCGAAGCUCAAGUCGAUGGUGCUCAGUGUGCCGUAUGCAUUUCACAGCGAAGCGGUGCAGCCCUUGAUCGAGCCGUACCUGCCCAUCGCUUCCUUGGCACGGUACAACACCCCCAGAAUCGCAAUCGGAGCUAACAGUGGAGAGCUCGUGGAGCGCACUGCUUUCUUCAAUGGCGAGUAUUUGGUCAAACACCUCCGUAAUCCAGUGCGAUUUGCCAAUGCCGUCGAUGCUUUGACCGCGAAGACUUCUGUCGACUGCUUAGUCGAGCUCGGACCCCAUGCAACGUGCAUCCCAAUGCUAAGAAGUAUUUUCAGCGGUCAGCUUCCCGCGCCUGCGCUCAUUCCGACGCUCAAGAAGGGCGUUUCUUCAUGGACAUCGCUCACCACAACUCUUCUCCAUCUCUUUGACCAUGGCGUGGUGCUCGAUUGGCUGAAAGUACACGCGACGCUCGGCUCGGACGUCCUCGAUUCCAAAUUGGCCGCAAAGCUGCCAACAUACGCAUUUGACCUUGACAACUACUGGAUCGACUACGCAGACCGCGGACUCCGCGAUCAUCUCACUGAGCAACAAUGUCAGGCGGUGAAGAGAGUCAAGGGCGCCGCAACAGCUCGCAAACAUUCUUUUCCUGUUCCAAAGACUGCGCUGCUCAGCUCUUGCACAAGGCUCGAGCUGAAAGAGCCGAGCACGGCUACGUUUGAUGCACUCAUCAACGAACAGCCAUUCAAGGAUAUGGUCAUGGGUCACUACAUUGUCGGCUUCGCGCUGACGCCCGCAACUGUGUUCGCAGAGCUGGCGCUGGAAGCUGGAAGCUACGUUCUCGAACAACUUUCUGGCGUCGAAGUGCCAUUGGAGGGGUUAGAGGUCACCAACCUGGCCAUGUUCAGUUCUCUUUAUCCCGACAAUGCUAGUCCUCGUCAAUCCGUCCAGGUUGAGCUCGUUGGCUCUCCAUACGCAGCUGGUGGCGCUUCUGUCUCCUUCUUUUCAAGCGAUCGUACAACUGGUCAUUCUCAUCAGCACAGCUCGUGCACUGUUACGGUCGCCAAUCCGUCUACUAUAGAGAGAGAGUGGAAGCGGUUGAAGCAUCUCAUCGCCGACCGCAUCGCGACUCUCCGACGCGACCCUGCUACUGUAUUGCGUCGCCAGAUGGUCUACCGCCGCUUCGAGACAAUUGUCAGUUACAGUCCUGCCUACCAAGGCAUUGAGCAAGCGUUCCUUAACGAUUCUGGUCAAGAAGCAGUUUCAGAAGUAUAUCUGCAGCCUACUGCACCGUCGGGUAACUUUGUAUGCUCGCCCAUGCUUCUCGACUCACUUGGACAGCUGACCGGCUUCAUCUCCAAUGUCGGGGUAGCCUCUGAGGGCCAAGUCUACAUCGCCGACGGAAUUGGACGCAUCGUGGUGACUCCACAACUGUCGAGUAUUCAACCUGGUGCCGGGCAGCAGCUGAUUGCCUGGGCACGCAUGGAGCCGUCGAACGGCCGCUGCGUGGGCGAUGUGUGGUUCACUGAUAGCUCCCAUCAAUUCAUGGGCUGCAUGCAGGACGUUGUUUUCAAGCAGCUCAAGCGCAGUGCAUUGGAGCGACUCGUAAGCAUGGGUGCUGCACAGGCGAUCUCGCGCGAGGCAUUUGUUCCAUCUGUUUCAGUCAAGAAAACAAAGAAGAGCAAGAUGUCGGAUUCGGCCAUCAUUCUUCCGGCGUCUGACGGUGCGUCUGACAUCCGAGCCGACUAUGUUCAUCUCGCUGGUCCUUCCGUCUUUGGACACGCGCUGCAACCCAUCUUUUUACUCCCGGAUGGAUCCGGAUCAGCCGGUUGCUUUAGCAAAUUCUUGGAGCAGGACUGGCAGGUUCCCGUUUUUGGUCUCAAUUCCCCUUUCCUUGGGAAUGGCAAGACUGAAAGGUGGACUGGCGGUAUUGCGCAAGUGAGCGCGGCUUUUUUCCAUGCCAUCAUUCAAAUUCAGCCUGAAGGACCCUACGCGAUUGGUGGAUAUUCGAUGGGCGCUUGCUGCGCAGUAGAGGUCGCAAGGAUCCUGGCUGCUACAGGACGCAACGUAGAGACGCUCGUCCUGCUCGAGUGUCCUGCUCUCAAUAAAAAGCAUCUUCCACCGCUUCCCCCUGGCUCUCUCGAUCAUAUCUUGGCCAAAGUCGAGUCACCUGCUGGGCGCCGGCACUUUGAGCAAGCCAGCAAGGCCGUGCCAGGUCACUCGUUCAGCUUUGACUGGCCCGAGCCCUCGAAGGUCAUUAUCAUCAAUGCCAUUGAUGAAAGCCUCACUCCUAAUCUCAUGACAUCGAAACCGGAGGAUUGGAAGGAAGUUUUCAAGGUUGCUGAUUUGAGCGUCCAAAAUGUGCCGGGUAAUCAUCAGACCUUUUUGCAGGGUGCUCUCGACAUCGUCUCGAAAUGUUUUAAAUAAGCCCUAGUGUGACUGUGCCGAAUAAAAAAUGCAUCAGCGAUUUCUUUCGGGGUUUGCAACAUUGACGGCACCUAGCAUUGAACUUGUUGUGCAAUCUUCUGCUCGUAUAUUCGUUUUUCGUGUGACAUCGCAUCUCCUCGCAAUGCAAUAGAAAUCUUCGUCUUUUACCGCUUU